UAAUAAAAUAUAUGUGAAAGUAAGAUUAGUAAGAAAGAAAUACACUAAAAUAAUAAUGGGUUCUUUCCGAAUAAAAAAGUGUUGUAAUUAUUAUAAAACGGACGUAGAAGAAAAGAGUUGCGAUUAUUACAAAACGAAUAGAGUAUCUUUCGUAUAAAAAAUAAACCGCACCUACUUAGAACAACGAGCCACUUCAUACCCACGUCAGAAAGCGGCUACUACUAUUGUAAACCAUUUUCAUUCUCUCUCCCCCUCAACUGAGAAGACUGGAGAAGAAAAAUCAAUCCCCUCUUCUCCUUCUUCCAGUUUUCUCAAGAAAUCACAAAAAUGGCAGAACCCCAGAAAAACAACAACACCAACAAUUCAACCCAAAUCACAACGAGGGUGACAGUCCCACCAUACAUGAAAGCCAUUUCAGGGUCAGUUGGAGGAAUCGUAGAAGCCUGUUGUUUACAGCCGAUUGACGUUAUCAAAACCCGUUUACAGCUUGAUAGGGCUGGAAAUUACAAGGGUAUCCUUCAUUGUGGAACCACUGUUGCAAAUACUGAAGGGGUACGUGCUCUUUGGAAGGGAUUAACCCCAUUUGCAACUCAUCUCACUCUUAAGUAUGCCCUUCGUAUGGGUACUAAUGCUGUCCUUCAAUCGGCUUUUAAAGACUCUGAAACUGGCAAACUUAGUUAUCAAGGUCGUUUGUUUUCUGGGUUUGGUGCUGGUGUUCUUGAAGCCCUCGUUAUUGUCACCCCUUUUGAGGUGGUGAAAAUUAGGUUACAACAGCAGAAAGGAUUGAGUCCUGAACUCCUAAAAUACAAGGGUCCCAUUCAUUGUGCCCGUAUGACAAUACGUGAAGAAGGAAUUCGAGGGCUGUGGUCAGGUGCUGCUCCAACAGUCAUGCGCAAUGGAACUAACCAAGCAGCCAUGUUCUCUGCCAAGUUCAUGUUUGACAAGGCCUUGUGGAAUAAGCAAGAAGGUGAUGGAACAGUUCUCCAGCCAUGGCAGUCUAUGAUUUCAGGAUUUCUUGCUGGGACAGCAGGCCCCAUAUGCACUGGUCCAUUUGAUGUUGUGAAAACAAGGCUGAUGGCACAAAGCAAGUCUGGGAAUAAUGUAAAGUACACUGGCAUGGUUCAUGCCAUUAAAACAAUCUAUGCUGAGGAAGGGCUACGGGCUUUGUGGAGGGGAUUACUUCCAAGACUCAUGAGGAUUCCACCUGGCCAGGCUAUCAUGUGGGCUGUUGCUGAUCAGCUGACUGGACUUUAUGAGAAGCGGUUCUUGCAAAGUGCACCCUUGUGAAUAACCUAACUUGGUCUUUCUUCUUGUGCUUUGUUUUUCAUGGUGAUAUUGAGAGGGCAGGAAAUGUGUCUUAUGGGCACAAAAGGAGUUCCUAGUGUAUUUUUGACAAGUUCCCAGGAGGAAAGCUCUCACUGGUGAUACUUGAUAGGGAAUUUUGGACUUGUUUGUUUGAGCAACUGUAUUAUAUGGUGGGCAGCUUGAUCAGAUUUUGGUGCAUAGAAGAAAUCAUGCUCUCUGACAAGAAUGCCAUUUAUAUCGCUUUUUUUUUUUUUUCCUAGCCUUUAGCUUCUGAAUUUGAUGAUGUCGAAAAUGAUGAGGAUAGGUCGGUAGUUAUAGGUGUUUUGGCCAAAUUUGUGACCAAGACAAGCAUGUGUUUUAAACAAUUCAAAGAGCACCUCCCAUUCAUUUGUAGAAAACAUGAAUUGGUUUCAGUCUUUGGCUGUAGUACUAUGAUCUGUAUGGCUUUUUUUGC